AUGUCGACCUCUUUAGAGUCGCCCGCUAAGAAAGAUGCGCCUACUACUAUUAUAAGUGUCGAUAUCGACCCUCAAGCUGAACGGGUGUUGGUCUGGAAAUUCGACCUUCUCAUUCUACCGGUGCUGGCAAUUAUGUACUUAUUCAACAGUCUGGACAAAUCCAAUCUUGGAAAUGCAAAAACAGCAGGGCUUGAAGAUACCUUACACCUCCAUGGCAACCAAUACAAUAUUCUUCUCAGUAUCUUCUUCGUUCCAUACGUCCUGACGGCACCUUUCUUGGGUCUUCUUGGCAAGAAAUAUGGCCCGAAUCUCGUUCUGCCAAGUAUGAUGCUCACUUUCGGCAUGUGCACCGUACUAGUAGUUGCCGUGUUCAACUUCAGCGGCCUCUUUGCAAUUCGGUGGUUUUUGGGAAUGGCAGAGAGUGCUUUCUUCCCAUUAGUCAUUUACUACUUAACUACCUUCUACCGUCGAGGUGAACUGGCCCGCCGCCUGGCCAUUUUCUAUGCCGCUCAGAGUAUUGCCUCUGCAUUUUCAGGACUCCUCGCAUUCGGAGUGUUCCAAAUACACUCUGGCCCACUAGCACCAUGGCGCUAUCUGUUCCUGAUCGAGGGUUCAUGCACUGUACUCUUUGCAUUAUUUGCACUAUGGUAUCUCCCAAGAUCAGCAGCAGAAGCAACUUUCCUUACGCCCACAGAGAAAGAACUAGCAUAUCUCCGACUACAUAUCGACAGCUCCUCCAUCGUUGACGAAAAGCUGAACAUUCGCGACGCAUUCCGAGUCUUCAAGCACUGGACCAGCUGGGCUGUUCUCGCUAUUCAAGUAUGUCUUGGUGUGCCACUCCAAGGUGUUCAGUUGUUCCUCCCGGUCAUUAUUCAGCGCCUGGGCUACAGCACCGUCAAGACAAAUCUAUACACUGUGGCCCCUAAUGUUUCAGGCGCAGUCGUGCUGCUCAUCUUGGCUUUCUGCAGCGACUGGACUAGAUGGAGAUUUCCCUUCAUCGCACUCGGGUUCCUAUUCACAUUCAUUGGCUUCAUAAUCUAUGCAGCUAUUGAUGUCGAGCACGAUCUAAGCGUAGCUUAUUUUGCCUCCUUCCUCAUGACAUGGGGCACAUCAGCACCCUCAGUCCUAUUAGACGCAUGGUACAACAAUAAUAACGCAAACGAGGGACGUCGAGUUAUCUUGACGAGUAUUGCGGUUCCCGUCGCCAAUCUUAUGGGUGUUGUGAGCUCUAAUAUUUUCCGAAGUCAAGAUGCUCCUAAAUACUUUCCUGCAUUGAUUACUACGGCUGCUUUUGGGGGCACUGGUAUCAUUUUGACUCUUGCUCUUGGGUUCUGGAUGAUGUGGGAUAAUAAAAGGAGAGAUCGGGAUGAGGGCUUGCAUGUGAAGGCGAAGGAUAUUCCUACUGAGGAUCUCCAGGAUGGACCAGCUAGUGAUAGAUUCCGAUGGUUCGUUUGA